AUGAGAUUCAUUCCGCUUAUAGCCGCCACCGUGAUGAUGUUUUGUCUCCUCUUCAUCGGCAUGUCGCCAUCAGAAGUAGCCAACAAGAUACUCCCUGCAUGGCUUCACAAUGACAAGCUCCUACAUUUCCUGGGAUUUGCUAUAUUGUCUGCUCUGGUUUAUGCCGUGCUGGAACUCGGGGUUGCUAAAUCGACGAGGUUUGCGAUUGUGUGUAUGUUUCUGGCGAGUGGGAUUGGAGAGAUUGUACAGGCUCUGUCGCCGGAUAGGAAACCAGACUUUGUCGACUUUUUGGCCAAUCUGGGCGGAAGUGUAGUAGGCAUAUCACUAGGCGUCGGCAUUGACUUGUUCAGGCUUCGUAUGCUCAGGAAAAAGAAAAAGAUUAGGUGGCCUAAAAUCCUUGAUGAUGCGAGUGGAGAUGGUCAUGAUGAGGUCCCAUUGCGUGAUAAGGCAUCAAGAGACGAAGAGGAAGGAGAUGAUUAA